AUGGCUGUGGUAGCCAAUGUAUGCCAGAAUGAUGCCCAGACUGCAGGAUCUCCUCUCUCUGGAAGUUUUGGAAUGGCUGGAACUAACAAUGUCUUUCUUUUUGACAUUUUGGAAGACCAAGACAGUGAAUUGCUCUAUUUUGUCGGGUGGUUUGGUUCAUCCUCUCCGUUAGACACCAUCAUCUACAAGUCUGACCCUUCUCUGGCCAAAAUUCAAGUGAUGACUUAUGAUAUCUUCUGCAACUACCGCUCCUACUCCAUAUCUCUAAAUAGAGACUUCAUCUAUAUCCAAGGCUUGACCACGGGAAAGAUAUUCGAGAUCAGAACUUCAGACAUGGUUAUCUCCAGGGAGUUGGCAGUUAGCUCUGCCUCGAUUACUCUAAAUUCAAACAUGAAAGUGGGCAAAGGUUUCUAUUUCAGCUUAACCAUCAGCUCAAGCACGCAUACUUGCAGAUGGGAUAUGUCAAGCUCCAAUCUCGACUGAUUCACUUUGGGAGUCAGCAGCCUGACUAAUCUGGCCCCAAUCAGUGCUGAUCUGCUGUUCUUUGGGUCAACUGACACAGCAGCCGACCAAUACUACCUGAUGAACUACAACUUCUCUUCCUCGAGUCUGGUCUGGAAGAAGAGCAUUGGCUGGCCAACUUCGGGCUGGGCAAAUAAAUUCAGCACUUCUCUUGUGAGUCGAGAUGAAGAGUGGGUCUACACAAUGGUGCUAUACGAUGAUAACUUGAUUUUCCACAAGCUCAGCAUCACAGAUGGGAGUCCCCAAAGUCCAGGGCUGAUUUGGAGCGACAGUGGGUAUGAUCAUAGUUACUCAAUGAAAGAGUUCAGUGAUUUCAUUGCCGUUCAGAUUCACAGUACCUCUCUGUCAAAUUACAAAAGGUUAAUUCUGGUCUCCCUCUCGACCACAGAGGUUAUGAAGGAGUACAAGUCGGUGGACUCGUGGGCCUAUGCAGUCGGAAGAUUGCUUUAUAAAGGUGAAGAGCUAAUGUUCCAUUCUGGAAGAAUUAUCACCAACGAUACAUUCUUCUUUGCAAGAUCAUCCACAAACAACAUUGGUCAGCUUCCUGAGUUUGAAGAAGACACUCCUCUGUUCAGCCCAAUUACAACAAACUAUCAGGUAUCUUCAACAGCAUCAAACCCAAGCCUCACCACAAGUACGAAGACCCUCACUAUCUCAACUUCGUCGUCCAUCACGACUACUGACAUCACGACGUCGACAAAUCCUUCUUUCACCAAGUUCAUAGCUCUGUGGAAUCAAGACUAUUUCCAGACUGUUCAGAGCAACACUUCGAUGAAACUGGAAUUCAUCUGGGCCUGAGCUCAGUCAGCAAAUUACACUGUUAUCAGUUUCAGUCUUGCCCAAACUGGUUCUAAUGCGAUACCUGAGUGGGUUAAGUUGGAUGCAGACAACCAAGAGCUGCACCUCAACACCACUCCCAAACUGACUGAAAAGAAGAUUUUCUAUUUUUCACUGCAGAUCUCCUUCAACAGUGAAGUUCAUUACAAGAAGUUUGAGAUCACUGUUGAAAAGUGAUCAAUUCAAAACUGAGAGCAAUGAACAUUAGGUAACUCCAAUAGUUGAGAGGCCUGAUCAGACGGCUAUCAAAGCUCUGGUGACCAGACAUCUUGUUCUAAGAUAAGUGCUAUCGCUAGAACAACUGAAGUGGCAACUGCUUUUGUGGUAUUGGGUAUCAUACUUACUAGUGCUUCAUCUAUGCUAUCCUUAUCAUCAUCCAACUCAAUGUUUAGUAUUAUGAACAGCUUACAACUGGCAAUAUUGCUACCUCUAAUUCCUGACUACUUCUCGCCCAAAGUAUUAGACUUUCUGAGCACAAUGGGCUUCACAAUGCUCUCAUUUGACUUUAUCAAGCUCAAAGAUAUUCCGCUUGUGGAGGAACUUACUAACUGGGUGUCAUAUCCCCAAUCUGAUGGGUAUUUAAACAGCCUCGGAAUGAGGUCUGGCAGUUCAGUUGUUAAUUAUUUGUCCCUCAUGGCUAUCAUCAUAUUGAUAGGGAUUAUUCAUGUUGGUGUAUUGUGAUGAGUUAGGCAAAUAGAGAACUCAAAGCACAUAAAAUGAAAGAAAUUCACCAAGAAGCUGUUCAAGUUCUUCACAUUCAAUGUCUACAUAAGGAUAUUCAUGCAAGCAUUCGUAUUUACAACUCUAUCAAUAUUCUCAGAACUGUACAACCUCAAUCUUGCUAAGGUCAUCACAAUAGUAUCGUUUGGGUUCUGAGUUCUGUUCUGAUUAUGUACAAGUGUGCUGUUUAUUUUGUCAUUCAUCAUGUAUUGCAAAUCAUUCCCUCAGUUUGAUGAAGAAAAAUAUUGGCUAUGAACUGAGUAUUUCAACGGAGUCAAGCCAGCAAAAUAUUCUAAACUCUACUCUAGUCUGUUUAUGCUGAUGAGAGUGUUGCUGACUUCGUUGCUUAUAUUUGGGCAAUCUGCUCCUUCGUAUGACCGAGCCACUUGUUUCUACUGAGUCAACAUUGCUUAUUGUCUUUAUUUGAUAAUUGUCAGACCAUUUGAGAAUUCUCAAAAUAAUAUCAUCGAAAUCAUAAAUCAAACUUUGUUCUGUAUUUUGGCAGUCCUAUUAACUGGGCUAAACACAAAGGAAGAUUGGACACCGUUCUACGAAAGGUUUUAUACAACUGUGCUUAUGGCAUCUCCAGUUCUUGGGAGCUUAAUAUGAUUAGGAUUCUUAAUGAAAUCAAUUGUAAUUUACAUACGAAAAUGGAAGGCGAAGAAUAGACACCAAAAUGUGGCACCUAAAGAUCCCUCCUAUCUUAAUAGAGCACCUCAGGGUCUUAAUGAUCCCAGCCAGAGUCCCUUACCACAAAUCAACAACCCGUCCUCGAGCAUGAGCGGAAGUAAUGCUUCGAUAGCACCUCGUCAAGGCACUAAAAAUCAAGCCUCCAAAGCAUCUUGCCCGAAGAGAAUUGCAAUGACGAGCAAAAUGGAUAACGGAAGAUAAUAUUUAAUAAUAUCUCAACUGU